AUGGUUCUAAGUGGGGCCUUAUGUUUCAGAAUGAAAGACACAGCAAUGAAGGUUGUUUAUGUGCAGAAUAAUCAGCUGUUGGCCGGAAAAGUACCAGCAGGAAAAAUUAUUGAUGGUGAAAAGAUCAGCGUGGUUCCCAAUAGAUCACUAGAUUCCAAACUGAUCCCAAUUAUCCUGGGCAUCGAGGGAGGAACCCAGUGCCUGUCGGUUGGGAUAGCUCAGCAGCCUAUUCUUCAGAUAAAGCAUAGGAACAUCAUGGACCUUUAUCAAAGCAGGGAGGAAUCCAAGAACUUCACCUUCUAUAGGUGGGAUGCUGGGCUCACCUCUAAAUUGGAGUCAGCCGCCUACCCAGGCUGGUUCCUCUGCACCAUCCUAGAAGAGGACCAGCCCAUCACCCUCACCAACCAUCCUGAGGACUCUCACUCUGUCAUCGCUGACUUCUAUUUAGAGCAGUGUGCCUAA